CCACUCUCGUUACCGUACGCGUCGUUCUCUGCGUUCAGUAGACGAUGACCACUCGCUGGCGUCGCAUCGUUCCUCCCGUCGAACACCUGCUCGCGAACCUACGGACAUGAGGACCAGGCUGCCAAGGCUGUUCCUGUUGCUAGGGUCGGUGUCGUGCCUGUUGCUAGGGUUGCUGUCGUGCCUGUUGCUCCUGCCGGUCCAAAGGGUUGACGCGUUGAACUCGGACUCCGGCGCCUGGGUGCAGGCCACGCAGGGCGAAGUUUGGCCCCUGCCAAAUUUUCGACGUCUCAGCAAGGCGUACUACCUUCUGCGAGCCUCGACCUUCCAGUUUAACGUAAUCGGAGAGACUUGCGAUAUCGUGACAGAUGCAUUGGAGAGAUACAAGGCAAUUAUCUUAACGGACGCGCGAAUAGCCAAGAUUUCGACGCAAGGACAGGCCAGAUCCUCCGCGAGAAACAAUGGCACCGUCAAGGGAACUCUCAGUUCGUUGGACAUCCAAUUGGCAGAACCUUGCGAGAAGGAUGGAAACCACUGGCCUUAUUUGCACAUGAAGGAAUCAUACAGUCUCAGCAUCAAUGAGACCUCAACCGCUGCGAACCUGGCGGCUGAGUCUGUAUGGGGAGUUCUUCGAGGUCUGGAGACCUUCUCGCAGCUCUUAACCCCAGCCGGUGAUGGAUCCAACCUAAAAAUAAGAUGUCAAACCAUCGUGGAUCGACCCAAGCUGCCUCAUCGUGGACUCCUCAUGGACACGUCUCGCCAUUACUUACCCAUCUCUGACAUCCUGCUCACUUUGGACGCCAUGUCGUACAACAAAAUGAACGUCCUCCACUGGCACAUCGUCGACGACAACAGCUUCCCGUAUCAGAGUUCCAGCUUUCCCGAGCUGUCUGCCAAAGGAGCGUAUCACCCGCUGAUGGUAUACACUCUGAACGACAUCCAAAAGAUCGUUGACUACGCCAGGCUGAGGGGUAUCCGAGUGAUGCCGGAAUUCGAUACUCCUGGCCAUACCAGGUCAUGGGGUCUGGCUUAUCCCGAGCUAUUGACCGCUUGCUACGACUUGAAGGGCAAGGCAAACGGCAAACUGGGCCCGAUGAACCCCACGAACCCGAAACUUUACGAGUUCCUGCGCCAGUUGUUCGCCGAGAUCGUGCAGGUAUUCCCGGAUCAAUACGUGCAUCUAGGCGGCGACGAGGUGCCGUUCAAUUGUUGGAUGAGCAAUCCUUCGAUCAACGCUUAUAUGAAAACGCGGAAUAUCUCGAACUACGCGCAGCUCGAGAACGAGUACAUCGGCAAGCUUCUCCAGAUCACGGAUUCGCUGCAGGCGAGCACCAUAGUCUGGCAGGAGGUAUUCGAAAAUGGCGUGCUGAUGCCAAAUAGCACGGUGAUCGACGUGUGGACCGGUCUCUGGGCGAUGAAGCUGAAGGAGGCUACCCAGGCCGGUCAUCCGGUUCUGCUGUCAGCCUGUUGGUACUUGGAUAACAUCGCUGGAGGUGGCGACUGGAAGAAGUUCUACAGAUGUGAUCCAUUAUCGUUCGAUGGGGCACAGAACGUGACUCAUUUGAUGCUGGGUGGCGAAGCUUGCAUGUGGGGUGAAUACGUCGACAGGAACAACGUGCAUUCGAGAAUAUGGCCACGAGCUAGCGCGUCCGCGGAACGUCUGUGGAGUAAUUUGAAACAAGACGAGAACAAGGCUUCUCAACGCCUGGAAGAGCACGCUUGUCGCAUGAACAGACGUGGAAUUCCGGCCCAACCACCGAACGGACCUGGGUUCUGCGUGAUGUGACGAAAGGAGGAAAUGAAAUGAGAAUCUUCCCAUUUUUCUGCGCUCUGGUUCUUCGAUUGUCUCGAAUAUAGGCCGGAUUUUAUCAGCUACUUAAUGACUAUUUACAGGGAAGGAAUCGUAAUGUAACUAGAAAUAAAAUGUUUCAGAAAA